AUGCACAGAUUCACCGUCCGCUGCACCGCCGCCAGCCCGACCUGCCAGAAGGACUUCCACAGGAGCACGCAUAAGGCCGCGCGUGCGGCGAUGUUGAGGCAUCUUUGGCGGUAUGGGAUGAGGUCGAGGGAGCGGAGGAGGCUCGCGGAGGAUGAUAACGAGGAUGAUGAUGAUGAUGAUGAGGAGGAGGAGGAGGAGGAGGAGGAGGAGGAGGAGGAGGAGGAGGAGAGGGGUAUUAAGAAGGAAAAGGGUAUCAAGAAGGAAAUGGGUAUCAAGAAGGAAAAGGAUAUCAAGAAGGAGAAGGGCACCAAGCAGCAGGAUAGUGUUGUCGUAAAAGCAGAGCCGGAGGAUGAAGGCGUUGUUGUCAUCAAAGACGAACCAGAAGAAGAGACCACAGGACUAAAAGAAGAGAGCUCCGAUGAAGAAGAAGAAGAGGAGGAGGAGGAGGAGCACAAGGAAGAAGAGAGCGACGCGGAGGAGUCUGAUCGCGGGAGUGAAGACGAAGACGAAGAAACAGAGGCCACGGACUGGCAAUUGCAAGAAGACCAGAUGCCACAGAGCCCUAUAAGUAGAGCUGAGCGCCUCGCCUCUGAGAAAGAGGAGAAACGGCUACAGAAGAUUGCCUUUGACGAUGCGCACCUUGACGCCUACGACGCAGAUCCGAAGGAGGAUUAUGAUAGCAAGUUCCAUGCCCUGGCCCCAUUGAUGGCUCUAACAUAUAUUGCAGCUGAGGCCGAAGAGCGUAAAAAGGUUAAACGCGAUGCAAAACGGGACCUUAAGAAACUUAGUCGUAGGUUGGGAAGGUAG